ACUCGUGUGCGAUAAGGGACUGUGGGGAGAACGCGUACUGUGAGAAGGAGCAGGAGCUCGCCAUCUGUCACUGCAACUGGGGCUACGCCAUGACCGACAGCGGCUGUGCUGAUACUUGCAUUCUUAAGGGGUGUAAUUCGUUUACAGAGGAUUGUAGGAAGUAUGACGAUGGCUCUGCAUACUGUGUAUGCAAGCCGGGCUACAGAAAUGUCAAUGGCUAUUGCGUCGGACCUGCCACCUGUGGGAGCUGUCCAACCGGGGCCACAUGCAAUAUUGUCUCUUCCACCGUAAAGGCUCCUUAUUGUUCCUGCCCUAGUGGCUACGGCAUGAGCAGCACAGCUUGCGCCCGUGGAUAUGCCCCAACCGUCUCCUCGGCGAGUUUCACCUUCUACCGUUAUCCCAAGUACACCUUAACACCCUACACCUACACCAUGCGCGUUUUGUACAACGGAUGCACCAACCUGCCGUCGGCAGUUGGUGUCUACAUGAAGUCAUACUGGCGAGUGGACCGUGCACCGGGAGGAGCGGGGCACUGCCGGAUUAUCUACGCGUAUACCUAUGCAAACUGCAAUGGACCGAUGGCCGCUGUGUUCAAUUACCUGUCCCUGAGCAGCAUCGCUGCAUAUGGUGUUAC